GUCAAACAGGAAAAAAAAAAAAAAAAAAAAAAUACUCGUGAAUGCAUAUAAAAAACAUGCCAUACACGUUGCGCAUGUUAUAGUGUUAUAAUACCCUCUUUUAUGCGCAACGCGAAACAUUUUUUUCCCCCUCCGGCCGAGGGUACCAAAUCGAAGUGAAAAGCGCGUAGGAAGUGACAAUUGCCAAAUAUACUUGACUAUCAUUUUUUUUUACAGCUGUUCAGAGACUGACCGUUAGCAAAUUUCCGACUUGGCAAAAGUACAUUGCGCGAGGCGAAUUCUUUUAGAAAUAAUUCUCUUUCGUAUAUUUUUUCGUAAUUUCCGAGUUUUGUCACCGCGCGGGGGCACAUGCGUACGCAGCGCAUGUACGUCGGUAGUCCGUGCGAACGUACGUUUGUAUGUACGUUUGCGUAUACGUUUGCGUACACGUUCGCAUAUACGUUCGCAUAUACGUUUGCGUAUACGUUGGUAUGUACGCUUGUAUGUACGCUUGUAUGUACGUAUGCGUGCCGUACGUAGGCUUGCGCAGCCCUCUGCAUAGUUCGAACGCGCAAGUUUGCAUGUACACUUACACGGAUGCGUGACUUAGUACGCGCGGGUAAAUUCGCCUUCACGCGUACGUCAUUAUAUUUACUUGUAUAACAUCCUUGUGCAUUUUCCCACCCGUUAACGUACUUGCGAACUGAGGGGAAACACAAAUACAUUGCCCAAGGGCGAAAGAAGCAGGUGAGAUUUUUUUUCCCCGAAAAGGACGCAAACCGUUCGAAAGAUAAAGGGGAAGAAAAAACACACCGGGGUGAGUAACUCUUUCGUGAUUGUGAUCACUGGGAGGGAGUUCCUUCUCGGCACGAAGAGGUGGAGAAGAGGGAAAGCACGUUCAGGGCAAAGCGGAAGGAAGCAAAGCAGAAGCAUAGCAGACGCUUCGCAGACGCAACCCCAGCGCGACAACCAUGCUAGAUUCACCAAGCAGCAAGGAGCAAGAGGAACCGCACGCGGGCCUCGACAGCGUCGACGUGAGUGAAUACAACCAUGUGAUAAACAACUCCCACAGCUCGGAAGAAGAAAACGAUGAGUCGUCAUCGGAUGACUGCAUCGAAGGUGAGGAAGUGCCGAAGGGCACUCACAGCGGGAGCGGUUUGUACGGUGAUACUGAAGCUAGUCCAAAAGGCAGCUGUGGCAAAGUGAAUAGUGACCUAGCCGGCGGUGUGACACACGCGGACACGGAAUGUACGAAGGGCCCAACUGGCACAGGCACGUUAGCAAAGUCGGACCACGAAAUGGGGGAGCAACACACAAGCGGAACGGGCAAAAAGGGUAGAAGCCGCGGACAAAAUGAAAGCCCUAAUAAAGGUGAAAAGCCAAACGGCCACACCCACAUCUACGUCAGGGUAAAAACAAACGACUGCAAUAACAGCACCAUCAAGUGCAAGAUAGAAAAAAAUAUUACGGUAAAAAAAUUGAAAAAGAGCCUGAGGAAGAUACUGCACAGUGGGGAAGACGAGUAUAGGGUCAUCUACAGGGGCAGGUUGCUGAAGGAUGUUGACGUCCUGGCCAAAUACAACAUAACAUUUAAUGAUGUCCUUUACGCAAUUAGAAUUAAUAGGAAGAAAAACGGAAACGACGCCAUCUUAGAUUCAGGAAUCACCAGCUCGCAGUUAAGUACCAUAGGAGAGGAGUACAACGACUUUGGGAAGCUUCCCCAAAAUGAUAACAUUUCAAAAUUAAUUUCUUCCAUGUUUGAUAAUAGCGACUUUCUCAAAUCUAUAAUGGACUCCAAUAAGCAGUUGCAAAAGUUAAGGGAGAAAAAUUCUGAGAUUCACCACAUGCUAAAUGAUUCGCAGUCGUUGAAGCAGUCAUUUGAGAUGAUUAAGAACCCCUCAUUAAUGAAAGAGCUGAUGAGGAACACCGAUCGGGCUAUAAGCAAUAUAGAAGCCAUUCCAGGCGGGUUUAACACCCUGAGACGAAUGUACCACAACAUUCAGGAGCCCAUGUAUGCUGCCAGUGAGGCAUCAAAUGAAAAUAAAAAAAAUAAAGUUAAGCACUAUGACUUGAAGGCUUCUUCUCCGCCCACCAGCGAAGCCUUCCCCAACCCCUGGGCUUCCAAAGAUGUCAAUGCGAAAGGUAAAGGCAGCCAAAGUAACGAUCUAGACAAGUACCUUCUCAUGAAUAAUAAUUUGUUUAACAACAGCAGUGAUCUUUUCAAAUCGGGCAAGAAGAACAGGGGCCCCGGUUUGGGGGGCAACGGCCUGGGGGGCAACAGCUUGGGGGGCAACGGCGGCCUUUUCAAGACCAACAUUCUGGACCUCCUGCAGAAUUACCAGGCGUCGCCUCCGAGCCAGCUGGGCGGGAUGAGCGGGGCUAGCUGGGCUAGCGGCGUUAGCGGCAUGAACGGGUUGAGCGGCAUGAGCAACCUCUUCAGCGGCGCGCAGAUGCACAACCGGCAGAUGUACCACGGGUUACUCAACAGCGGGCUCUUCAGCGGGGGGUUGCUCAACAACGGCUCGGUGAAUAGCGGCUCCGCGGUCAGCGCGCCCCCGGGAGGCGACCCAUCUAGCAGCACUCAUCCAAGUAGCACUCAUCCUAGUGGUGCCCAUCCCAGUAACGCCCACCCCAAUGGCACGCACCCCGCAGGUGGCUCCCCCCUGGGCGACCUGCUCAACAACAGCCUAUUUAACGACAAGCUACUCUUCGGAUCCAAUUUCACGAAUGAUUUUAUUAACCAGUACGCACAAGUGCAAAAAAGCAAGGACGAGUCAGAAGGGGCCAAUUCCCCAAACCAAGUAAUUUUAAAUAUGAAGGACCAAGUGAAUGGUCACAACGAUUGGAAGUCCAAUCUGAACAUCCCCUCUGUGGUCAGUCGGAAGGGGGAGGUGGCCGCUUCGAAGAGUAGCGGCGCCCGUCUUGGCGAUGAAAAGGAGGGAGCGGUGGACGUUGCCAACACUACUGCUGACGUUGGUAACGCCACUGCUGAUGAGGGGCAACUCCCGUUCGGAGGGAAAAGGAAUGCCAGCCAAAAUUUAGCCAAGGAGAUCACCGCAGCGAGUAAGCUGGAGGAGAGUGACACCAAAGGGGGAAACGACGGCGCGGGGAAUUUGCACAACCUUGUAAAUGUGACUUGCCCAAAGGGAGACAACUCGACGGGGGAGGGCUCUCCGAAUUUGUUACCAAAUGAUGUGAUUAGGUCGAAUGGGGGGACCACCCCAAGUUCGGCGCUGCUGAAUAUGCAGCUGGGGAGUGGCAACCUGGGCGGUCUCAGCUCGACCCCGCUGAACAUCCUGGAGAGCCAUGUGAACAAACUCGAUUUGAGGAGCAUGUCCGAGGCGAUCAAGUUGCUGAGCAGCGGUGGAAGCGGUGGGGGAAGCGGUGGCGGCAUCUUUGGCGGUAGCGCCCAGAGUGAACAAGAACACCUCUGUAAUCUGUACGCCGAGCAGCUGAAUUCACUACGCGGAAUGGGGUUCACAGACGAGCAGAAGUGCAUAAAGGCGCUGGUCAGCACGCAGGGGAAUAUAGAGAGGGCCAUCGACUUUUUGUUGGCCGACAUGAACGCAGAUCAGAGUUGA